ACUCAUCUUCUGCUAGUGCAACCAUGUCCCUUUCCUCCAAACUCAUCAUCCCUCUCCACCUCUGCUUCCCAAAUUCUUACCCCAACCGCAAACUCCCAUUUUAUAGUCUCAAACCCUCUUUCUCUCCUCUAAAAAUCUUCACAAUCCGAUGCGCCAAGCGGACGAAAAGGACAGGAAAAUUGAGAUACCCAUCAGAGAAAAAAAGCUCAAACUGAAGCAACAACCCGAGAUUGGUGUUGAAGACAAAUUUCAUGGCUUUUGGAGGUUGUCUAAGCUUGCAGUUUCAGCGCAAAAAGACCCUGGUAAAGAUUUCCUUGGUGUUUCAGAGGCUUUGCUUGAAGAAAUUGCCAAAGUUCUUGAGUUUCCGGUUGCCUCCAUGUUGCCGCCAGAGGCAUUCUCAGUCGUUAGGAAAUCUUUUGAUGCGAGGAAGAUUCAGAAGGAGCCUAAGUUCGUCUAUACAGUUGAAAUGGAUGCUAAUAAACUUCUAAGUCUGGAACCUCGGACUUGGGACUUCAUUUCUCGAUUGGAACCCAAAGUUGGGCUAAUAGAGCAUAUGCCUCAUGAGAGAGUUUCUGGGUCAUACAAGUUUCCAACUACUAGUAAACCAAAAGUUGCUGUUGUUGGUAGUGGGCCAUCAGGCUUGUUUGCAUCUCUUGUCCUUGCAGAAUUUGGUGCGGAUGUCACGUUAUUUGAAAGAGGUCAAGCAGUUGAACAAAGAGGGCGUGAUAUUGGUGCUUUGGUAGUUCGGAGGAUUUUACAAUUGGAAAGCAAUUUUUGUUUUGGGGAGGGUGGUGCAGGUACUUGGAGUGAUGGAAAGCUAGUAACUAGAAUUGGCAGAAACAGUGAUAGUGUUCUGGCGGAUCGGUUUCUACUUGCUUCAUUCCAAUUUUAUUGUCUUUAUGGACUGGUGCCCAUUCAGGUUAUGAAAACUUUAGUUCACUUUGGAGCUCCAGAGAAUAUCUUGGUUGAUGGAAAGCCUCAUUUGGGAACUGAUAGAUUGAUUCCACUGCUUCAAAACUUUAGGCGACAUCUAGAAGGGUUGGGUGUUACCAUCAGGUUUGGGACUAGGGUUGAUGAUCUGCUUGUAGAAGAUAAGUGUGUUGUGGGAGUUGAAGUUUCAGAUUCAGAAGACAAUUUAAAGGUUAAUACCCAGAAGUUGGGAUAUGAUGCAGUUGUUCUUGCAGUUGGGCACUCUGCACGUGAUAUAUAUCAAAUGCUCCUUUCUCAUAAUGCGAACCUGGUUCCAAAAGAUUUUUCUGUUGGUUUGCGGAUUGAGCAUCCUCAAGAAUUAAUAAACAACAUCCAGGUUGGUCGAUUACUCCAUCCCUUUGGAGGGAUAUCAUACUGAUUGAUCUUGUUAACUCUUCUGCAUAUAUUAUUAAUUGUAAAGACAUUUUUUGGCUGAUAUUAUUCUGGUUUACAGAUUCUUCUUCUAAUUGCAACUAUUAUGAACUAAAAUAUUUAUUAUUCUUUAUGUUAAGUUUCUCAACUUUUAUCGCAAAAACUAUUGUACUAAUGCCAUUGACUAAUUGAUAAGCAGGAUUGAAUGGUCCACAGUUCUUAUACACCAGCAAACUAUAACAUCUAAUACUAGGUGAUGUAAUACUAAGGUAAAUGAUAUAUUUUGGACGGGAGAUAUUGUUAGAGGAUGUAUGAUAGUACGACACAGAAUAACAUGG